AUGAGGAGCGACCGUCGCAGCUACGUCCAAAGACAUGAACACGAAGACAUGAAGCUGUCAGACGUCUACUCCAGUAAGAAGAAACUUGGUGACCUGGUCAAAGAUGAAGACGAGCCGAAGGGAGACGUGGUCUUUGUGGCGAGUAAAUACCAUGAUGUUCAAGAGAAGCCGAGGAGUAGGGAAGACCACGACGGUAGACAUGAAGACGCCAGCCACUCCCAUCGAAGAAGUGGAGGUGAAGGAUAUGUUAAAUUGGAUUUAAGUCUGUGUAAGAAUUCAGCUGCCCAUACUGCUAGUAAAAAUAACCUGAACCGGUAUAUCCCACUGCAAGGCCCUCCUGUUGAUGGGGAUAAAGAGGAGCAAGCCAAGAUGGAGGAAACCAGACGCGCUAUGAGUGGAAGAAGGGCGAUAUCCCUGAGUCUGACGGGCAUCAACUGCGGGCAUCCGUGUCCUCAGAGGUGUACUGAUGAUUACGUCCCUGAGUGCGCAGAAUCAAAUACCGGAGAGAAAAGAGUUUUCAUCAACCACUGCGUUAUGGACGACAACUCUUGCAAACUUGGAUUGACAUGGAAAAUCCGCCCACUAGUGGACUGCGUGGGCAGCAAGAAGGCCGACGUGCAGCAGAACAGAGCGUUCAUCGACUGGAUGCUGCGAAUUGGUAUCCUAGACAAGAAGGGAAGACUAAACCUGACUGAGUGA